UGGGCGACGCCAGCUUAGGGUAUCGAAAACCUGCCUUGUGAGCUGCAGAGGAACUUCCAGCUGAUGCGGGAGCUGGAUCAGAGAACAGAAGAUAAGAAAGCGGAAAUCGACAGUCUUGCAGCAGAAUACAUUGACUCGGUGAAGAACAUGCUACCUGAGGAGCGAGUGGAACACCUGAAGAAAAUCCAGAGUGCCUACAGCAAAUGUAAAGAGUACAGCGAUGACAAAGUCCAGCUGGCCAUGCAGACGUACGAGAUGGUGGAUAAGCAUAUCCGCCGGCUGGAUGCAGACUUGGCGCGGUUUGAAGCAGAUCUGAAAGAUAAACUGGAAGGCAGUGACUUUGAAAACCCUGGAUCUCGAAGCCUGAAAAAGGGACGAAGUCAGAAAGACAAGAGAGGCUCUCGUGGUCGAGGCAGGCGAGCCUCUGAAGAAGAUACACCAAAGAAAAAGAAACUCAAAGGAGGCUCGGAAUUUGCUGAUACCAUCCUGUCGGUGCAUCCCUCGGAUGUUCUAGACAUGCCAGUGGACCCCAACGAACCCACCUACUGCCUGUGUCACCAGGUGUCCUAUGGAGAAAUGAUUGGCUGUGACAACCCAGAUUGCCCUAUUGAAUGGUUCCACUUCGCUUGUGUGGACCUCACCACCAAACCGAAAGGGAAAUGGUUUUGUCCUCGUUGUGUUCAGGAAAGAAAGAAAAAGAAAUAAGGAAUAGAGGGGAAUGCAUCCUCUGAGGUACUGCUAUGAGAAGAACCUGGCAGUGAACCCACAGGGGGGUAACACCGGCCUUGUUGGGGGCAGCGUUCCUGUCUUUGAUGAGAUCAUUCUCUCCACGGCUCUCAUGAACCAGAUCAUCAGCUUUGACAAGGUCUCUGGUAAAUAUCUUAGAGGCGUGAGGCACAGAAACGAGUCCCAGGCCCUCAACCAGCCGUUGUCCUGGGAGAUGAUAACUGCAGGAUCAGCAAGGUUCAGCCCAGCAGCAUCAUAAGGGGUAUCGCAGGUUUGUUUCAUCCAGGCUCCUGCUUAGGUUAUAACAGUAGCAGAUGUAAAAAUACAUCUGGUGGCAGAAGGAGGAAGAAAGAGAGAAGAGGAACACGGACAUCCUAUUACCUCUCUGUAAAUCUAGAUGAGAAGCCAGCAGGUGGAGCAGAAUUCUUUUUCUUUAGAGAAAAAA